UGUCGUCAUUGGCUGCCCUAUUAGAAAAACUACAGGACAAUGCAUACCACCGACUGCCAACUGUAAACAUAGGGGAUAUGUGUUCACUUAGCACGGACUUCUGGGAGGGGCUAAGGAAGGGCGGUCUGGAGUUUUAUUGAAUAGAGCAGUGUGUAUUAGGCUGCCUGCCUGCCUGCCCUCUUGCUGUGCUCCUGCUAGAGAAAUCAGUCCUUCCUUUCCGACUUAGUCCCCAGGAAGAAGUUGCAGCCUGCGAGCUCCAGAUAUUUCGGUGGCAUUGCAAAUACUGUUCCAACUUUUCCAGUUGGUUAUUUGAAACAAGAAGAAUUCACACAAAGUAUCAUUAAAACAUUUUAAGAUCCUUCAGUCAAAUUCUGCAGGGAUUGGUGAUCAACCAGAAGGCUCAGAAGUGGACAUCUGAUUGCUUACCUGUCCAGAUUCUCCUGUCUCCCUAGACCUGAAGCCACGUCAUGGAUGAUUUUGAACGUCGCAGAGAACUCAGGAGGCAAAAGCGGGAAGAGAUGCGCCUUGAAGCAGAAAGGGACAGACCAAAGUGUUAACACAAAGGGAGAACACGGGAGCAUCCUGCACGCUGCAUUUCAGCCACAGAAAGCAUGGCACCUCCGGGGGCCCGGCCCACGCCCUGACCGCCGGGAGGGUCUCAGCACCUCCAGCAACCCGCCGCCCCUUCCAGCUGCCGACAUGCUCGGGGGAUCCGGAUCGCAGGGAAGACGCAGCCUGGCCGCGCUCUCCCAGAUCGCCUACCAGAGGAACGAUGACGAUGAGGAAGAGGCCGCCCGAGAAAGGCGCCGCCGCGCCCGGCAGGAGAGGCUGCGGCAGAAGCAGGAGGAAGAAUCCUUGGGGCAGGUGACUGACCAGGUGGAGGUGAAUGCCCAGAACAGCGUGGCCGACGAGGAGGUGAAGCCAAGCUCCUCGCACACGCAGGCGGAGGGCGACGACGAGGCUGCGCUCCUGGAGCGCCUGGCUCGGCGCGAGGAGAGACGCCAGAAGCGGCUUCAGGAAGCCCUGGAGCGGCAGAGGGAGUUCGACCCCACGGUCACGGACGCGGGCGUGUCACUCCCCAGCAGAAGGACGCAGAACGACGCCGCCGCCGACAGCGAGGCCGCCGAGAAGGAAGAAAAGAGCGAGCGGCGCCAAGAAAGAUACGAGGUCGAGGAGACGGAAAUCGUCACCAAGUCCUAUCAGAAGAACGACUGGAGGGACGCUGAGGAGAAAAAGCAGGAGGAAAAGGAAAAGGAGGAAGAGGAGGAAGAGAAGCCAAAGCAAGGGAGCCUGGAAGAAAAUCAGGUAGAGGUGACGGCAGAAGGCGGAACACCAGACACAGCGGCUGUGCCGUUGGAAACGGGGCAGCUCAGUGCAGAAGAGCCUAGAACAGAGGAGGAGCCGGAGCGGGGUUCAGAUGAGGCCGCCCACAAUGGCAGGAUGGAGACAGAAGGGAGGGAACAAGCGGAGGCAGACAGGGCCAGGCUGGAAGCGGAAGAAAGAGAAAGGAUUAAAGCGGAGCAAGAGCAGAGGGUAGCGGAGGAGCAAGCAAGGCGGGAAGCAGAAGAAAGGGCGGCUGCACAGGAGAGAGAGAGGAGGGAGGCGGCCGAGAGGGAGAGGGUUGAGCAAGAGAGAAGAGCUGCGGAGGAGAGGCAGCGGGCAAAGGCAGAGGAAGAGGAGAAAGCUAAGAUAGAAGAGCGGAAGCUUCGGCAGCUAGGAGAGAACAGGAGCGAAGUGCAAGAGAAAAAGCGCAAAGGGGAAAAGGUAGACGAGAAAAGAGAAGGGAAAUGGGUAAAUGAAAAGAAAGUACAAGAAGAUAAACUUCAGACAGCCGUGCAAAAGAAACAGGAAGAAGAAAAGGGGGCCAAAGCACAAGCUCAAAGAGAAAAGUCCCAAGAAGACAAACCUACCUUCAAAAAAGAGAUCAAAGAUGAGAAGAUUAAAAAGGACAAAGAGCCCAAAGAAGUGAAGAGCUUCUUGGAUGGAAAAAAGGGAUUUACAGAAGUGAAGUCACAGAAUGGAGAAUUCAUGACCCACAAACUUAAACACACCGAGAAUACUUUCAGCCGCCCUGGAGCGGGAGCAAGGGGCAGCGAGGCCAAGGAGGCGGAGGGCGCUUCGCAGGUGGAGGCCGGCAAACGUCUGGAGGAGCUUCGCCGUCGCCGCGGGGAAACCGAGAGCGAGGAGUUCGAGAAGCUCAAACAGAAGCAGCAGGAGGCGGCCCAGGAGCUGGAGGAGCUGAAGAAAAAGCGGGAGGAGCGAAGGAAGGUCCUGGAGGAGGAAGAGCAGAAGCGGAAGCAGGAGGAAGCCGAGAGAAAAGUCAGAGAGGAGGAAGAGAAGAGGAGGCUAAAGGAAGAGAUUGAAAGGCGACGGGCGGAAGCUGCUGAGAAACGUCAGAAGAUGCCCGAAGACAGCUUAUCAGAUGACAAGAAGCCAUUCAAGUGUUUCACUCCCAAAGGUUCAUCUCUCAAGAUAGAAGAGCGAGCAGAAUUUUUGAAUAAGUCUGUGCAGAAAAGUGGUGUCAAAUCAACUCAUCAAGCAGCAGUCGUCUCCAAGAUUGACAGCAGACUGGAGCAGUACACCAGUGCAAUUGAGGGAACAAAAACCGCAAAACCUCUGAAGCCAGCAGCCUCGGAUCUUCCUGUUCCUGCUGAAGGUGUCCGCAAUAUCAAGAGCAUGUGGGAGAAAGGGAAUGUGUUCUCAUCCCCCGCUGGGUCAGGCACACCAAAUAAGGAGACUGCUGGCUUGAAGGUGGGGGUUUCCAGCCGCAUCAAUGAAUGGCUCACUAAAACCCCAGAUGGAAAUAAGUCACCCGCUCCCAAACCUUCUGAUUUGAGGCCAGGAGACGUAUCUGGCAAGCGGAACCUCUGGGAAAAGCAAUCUGUGGACAAGGUCACUUCUCCCACUAAGGUUUGAGACAGUUCAAGAAAGAACCCAAAGUAGCCGCUCGAGAUGCUGGACCAGCUCAGUUGAAGAGGGCUCAUUUGCUCUGUUUUAUAUUUAUGUUGAUUUACUAAAUUGAGUUCAUUUCCUCUUGAUUUAUUUUUCAUUAUCCCAGUAAACCCAUGUAUAUUAUCACUAUAUUUAAUAAUCACAGUCUAGAGAUGUUCAUGGUAAAAGUACUGCCCUGGCACAGGAGCCUGUUUCUAAAGAAACCCAUGCUGUGAAAUAGAGACUUUCCUACUGAUCAUCGUAACUCUGUGUCUGAACAGUGACACCAGCCACCCCGGAAGUCAACAAAAGGAGCUUCAAGUUGAAAAUUGCCUGAGGAAUGUGUGCAGUGUCCAGAAAAACAAACCCUCAUGGUUUGGUUUUGGGUUUUUCUAUUUUAAAUACAGAAGUCAUGUUGUUUUCUGCACUUUAGCAUAAAGCAUGGAAGAAAUUAUCUUACUAGGCAAUUGUAACACUUUCUGAAAUUUACCCAUUUCAGAUUUGAGAUACUGCAAUAAUGAUUUUCUUAAAAAAAUAAUAAGAUGUACUGUUAAGGUAUUACUUUCUUCAUGCUGAUCAAUAUCUAAAUUGGAUUAUGAUGUUAGCUGACAUUGGUACUGAUUCUUUAGGUUGGUUGCUUUGUGGAUUUCUUUGGUAGUGAUAGCGAACCACAUUUUAGUUGACCUGAUCAUGUAUGUAUGUGCAUACACAUAUACAAACACACUAAUGGUAGAAAGCUUUUUUAUGUGCUAGACUAUUAUAUUUAGCAAUAUGUCCUUGUAACUAGCCAAUAUCACAGCUUUUUAAAAAUUAAAAAUCACAAUAUUAUAUUAAUAUUUCAUAUUUGCCAAUAGAUAUAUGGCAGAAUAGGUAUUGAUAUGUUUCCAAUGCCCGAUAACCUGUAAGAAGAAAAGAGAGAUUAGAAGUGUCAAAAUUUGUUGACAUUUUCUAUAAAACAUAGUAUUUAGUUUAUAAUUAAAAAACAAUCUUGAAGUCCUGUGCGAAUUGUCCUAAAUCUACCAUCUGGGUCAAACUCAAAGCUUGCUCAGAACUCUAUUCUAUUCUUAAAAUCGAGUCUACAGUAGGUUGGCUUAAAUGAUAAAUGAGGUCUCUUCCUUCUCUAAAAUUCGAAGACAAGAAUUUUUGCCACAAAACUGUACAGAUUGGAAUUCCACGUGUGGGUAUACUAAGACCAACUUUGGCUAAUGUCUGGAAGCAGGGAAGAAAAGUGAGCAAAAGCCAGUAUUUAGGAGUCAUGACAGUAUUUCCAUUCUUAAUAGACUGAAACAUCUUUUAAAUUAAACUUUUCUACUUUUAUUAGUCAUUGGUACUUUAAGUUGAUAACAUGUUGAAUUUUCAAAAAAUAUGUGUAACUUUUAUUAGUUUUACCUUUUUCCCCAAGAGUGUAUCGACUUGUCAUUUUUACAUUUUGCACAUACAACCUAGAUAUCACAUCUUAUUUUAGCUUUUAAGUGUUCAUCUAUUCUCCACAAUAGAUGAGAAGAGUACUCCAGUGUCUUGGCAAUAUGUUCUAGCAUGGAAAUAUACAUGUAGUGUAAUUCUAUAAACUUAUACCUCAUUUGACUUAACCAAAAUUGUCUUAGUCUCAAUUCCUACCACAUUGAGGGAGCCUCUCAAAUGACUCUUUUCUAAUCUACAGUAUUGCCCUGGAAGAGGGCUAGCCAGGGCAAGGCUGGCGUGAGGAGUGACCACUGCCUUCCAAAGUCUAUUCUCCUCAUGAAUCAGUAAAGAGUUGUUGAGUCCUCUAGCUUCAGCACACCUGGGCCAAAGGAAGAAAAGCCACCAAGAUUGCACAGGUCAUCCGCCCAUGACAGAGUAGACAUGAGUCUAUGAUAAAAUGAACUUGAAUUCACAUGCCAUGCCUGAUUUUAGCAUUGACUCCCUUAACUGGAGUGAAAUGGAUCAAAGUUUGAAUUAAGGCCCAUGGUGAAGUCACAUUGCUUUGUUGUACUUUUGAAUAAGAGCUUCUCCUGAUCACUAUUAUAUAUUUUUUUCCUAGAAAAUCUAAAGUUGAGAAGAGAAUAUAUCAAUCCUGACUUUUAUUCCAAUAUUGGAUGGAAUAAGUUUUAGGGUAGAAUUUUGUUCAGUUUGGAUUUAAUCUUUUGAAAAAUAAAUUCCUUGUUUACUUGUUUGAUUACAAUUCUCUUUGUUAUCUGUAAGAAGUAAGACUGCAAGGUGACUAGCAUGUUCUGUGAAUCUGCCAUUACUAAAAAUUUUAUAAACACUUGAUAUUUUUCACUGAUAAUUGAUCGCUGCAAUAAAUAUAUAUUGUGAAAAUGCAUCCACAAUAAAUGGAAUUCCUCCAA